GGAGUGGCGUGAGUGCAUCGGUGGAGAUAAAGGGACAGUGAGAACCAGGGGGAGGUGCAAUGGGAACAGAAGGGGUCUCGCGGGUGGAGUCAACCUGCAUAGUGCAGUGAUUCUGCCCUUCAAGGAGAACACACAGGAGAAAAUGGCUACUCUGUUUCCAAGUGCCAGAUGCCAGGACACAGUGACAUUUGAGGACGUGGCCGUGAUUUUCACAGAUGAAGAGUGGAACCUUUUGGAUCCCAUUCAGAGGGAUCUGUAUAAGGAGGUGAUGCUGGAGAAUUAUAAGAGCAUUGUCUCAUUGGGACUCCCAGUUCCUCAACCUGAUAGGAUUUUUCACUUGAAGAGAGAGGAUGAAACUUGGAUGGUUGAUCUUCAUGGAUCUGAAAAGAAAAAAUGUCCACAGAAAGUCUCUCUAGAUUUUGCAACUAAAUCUGCAACUCAGUGUGCAUCAAGAACAAAAACAGUAGAAACAAUAAGGGGAAGACUUGGAAGGAGAGAUCCUCUGCGUCCUAAAUAUGAAGUUCUUGCUCUGGAAGAUGACUUGGAAACAGAGAAGGAAACCCCUGUGACAGAAACUUGUAAUAACUCCUUUUCCCAAGUGGAAAGCUUACAGCCAGGGUCAGUCCUUCCCAAGAAAAUUCUCACUAGAGAGAGAAACCAGGAAUGUAUUGAGUGUGGAAAAAGCUUUACUGUUCACUCAUCUCUUAUACGCCAUCAAAGGACUCACAGUGGUGAGAAGCCUUACGAGUGUCUUGAGUGUGGAAAAGUCUUCAGUCACAGGAGCAGUCUCAGUAGGCAUCUAAUGUCUCAUACUGGGGAGAGCCGUUAUGAAUGCAGUGCGUGUGGAAAAGCCUUUUUUGACCGUUCAUCCCUAACUGUACAUGGACGAAUUCAUACUGGAGAGAAGCCUUUUAAAUGUAGUGAGUGUGGAAAAGCCUUUUUUGACCAAUCCUCCCUUACUCGACACCAGAGAAUUCAUACUGGAGAAAGUCCUUAUCAGUGUAGUCAAUGUGGAAAGGCCUUUAGCCAGAAAAGCAUACUUACUCGUCAUAAGCUUAUUCAUACUGGCAGAAAGCCUUUUGAAUGUAAUGUAUGUGGAAAAGCAUUCUACGGUGUCUCCUCACUGAAAAGACAUCAAAAUGCUCAUGCUGGAGCACCUCGUUAUCAAUGCAGUGAGUGUGAGAAAGCAUUCUUUGAUAGAGCAUCCCUUACACAACAUCAGAAGAUUCACACUGGAGAGAGGCCAUAUGAAUGCACCGAGUGUGGGAAGGCCUUUACUGUGAGAUGUAGACUUACACGACAUCUGAGAAUUCAUACAGGAGAGAAACCUUAUAAAUGCAGUGUGUGUGGAAAAGUUUUCAGUUCUAAGUCAUCAGUUAUUCAACAUCAACGUCGUUAUGCCAGACAGGGAAUAGACUGAAUUGGAUAAAAGCUUUAGUUAAAUAAAGGACCUCUGUAAAAAUCUUAAGAUAGGUCUGCAUCUCUUAAGUCCAUCAUUUGAGCAUUCUAUCUGUUUUGACUAAUACCUUCCCUUCUUUCACCUUUGCUGUUAACAGUAUUUGAAUAAACACUCUACACAGUGUAUUAUAGAACUGAUACAGGAUGCCAGAAUCCGAAUGUGAAAAAAGUUACCUUAUUGCAGAAGUUUGUCAUAUUACACGAUAAAUGUUAGAAACUGAUUCUCAGGCACAUCUCUUGUCUGAGGUUCCAGGUAUCACUGCACUUUAAAUAACUGGAGGCUACAGCAGGAAAAAAAAGCAGAAAAUAGCAGAACAGCACUGUUUACUCCAAAUAGUACUUUUUACAGUUGUUAUUCCUCUCAGAGCUUUUUUGGCUGCUGACCAUGUUCUUUUUGGAUCAGCUUUUUAACACUACUAGUUAGUAUUUGUUGAGCACUUGCUGAUUGGUGAAACACUCAGCUAAGAGUUUUACAAGGAAUCAAUUGUUUGGUCCUAUAAAGUAACUACUAAUUCAACAGAUAGAACAAAACUGAAGUUUUUAUUUAUUAUUAUUUUUUAGGCAUUAAAUAAUUUGUCCAAGGUGACACAACUAGUAAAAUGUGAAGCUAGAUCUUGAAUAUGGAUCUGCCUUUAAAAUCUAUUCUCUUUACCAUUAUGACAUAGGUCUGCUUUAUAAUUUAUGUACAUGUAUUCUCUCAAGAUUAAAAGCAUUUGGAAAUGUGAUUUAUAUGUCUUUGUAUCUCACAUAGUGCCUUGUGAGUAAUAAUAGGUGUUAAUAAAUAGUUAUCUUGAUUAAUGA